AUGGUAUUCGAUGCAAGUUCAAAAUCGGUGGGACUGUCUUCAUUAAAUGAUUGUUUGUAUGCUGGACCAUCUUUAACGGAGCCUUUAUAUAACGUUUUAUUGCGCUUUCGAUCUCACAAAGUAGCCUUCAUUGCUGAUAUCGAGAAGGCAUUUUUACAAAUUAGUUUACAUCCAACCGAUCGUGAUUUUGUUCGUUUUAUUUGGUUUAAAGAUUUACAUAAUUUAUCAGAACAAAACAUUGAAACUGCAGAAAUUGGUAUUUAUAGAUUGAGUAGAGUAUUGUUUGGUGUAAGUUCGUCACCAUUCCUCCUUAGUGCCACUCUUAUUAAGCAUGCUGAAUCGUUUAAUCAUGUUGAUCCUUUGUUUGUACAGAAGUUAUUGAGUUCACUUCACGUUGAUGAUCUAACUUCCGGUGGCGCUACUGUUAAUGCAGCACAUGAUUUUUACCAGAAAUGUAAACAACGUCUCGCUGAAGCAAAUUUCAAUCUGCAUAAAUUUCAUUCGAAUUCCGAAGAGUUGGAACAAUUAGUUACCAAACCCCAUGUUGCUCAUACCGGACAUGUUACCAAAGUUCUUGGUGUUUUGUGGGAUAAAAAGAAAGAUUCGCUCUUAUUCACAUUCGACGACAUUUUAUCGUUAGCGAAGGACAUACCGACAAAACGACAAUUGAUUAAAUUUACCGCUUCCAUUUAUGACCCUCUUGGUCUUAUUAACCCUAUUGUUAUGCAAUUAAAAACAUUGUUUCAAAAAACCUGUGUAGGUAAAAUUGGUUGGGACAUCGAGUUGAGUGGACAGGUUUUGGACGAGUGGCGAGUUACGUACAAUGAUUUUAAAAGUUUUUCACAUUUGAAUGUACCACGAUGUUACGAUGGCGGGAAUAUUGUUGAUGUACAAUUGCAUGGUUUUUCUGAUGCUUCUUUGAAAGGUUACGGUGCGUGUGUUUAUUUGAGGUUCGAACAUGCUGAUGGUAGUUUUUUUACGAAGUUAGUGACGUCUAAGUCGAGAAUCGCGCCAAUUAAACCGGUCACGAUACCUCGAUUGGAGCUGUAUGGUGCAGUGAUGUUAGCGAAGCUGGUGAAGUAUGUUCGUGAUGAGUUGAGUUUGGUUUAUGAUAUUUCUGUGACACGGUGUUGGAUUGAUUCGUCUAUUGUUUUAUAUUGGAUUAAAAAUGUUAAUAAGAAGUAUGAGGUGGUUGUCGAACGGCGAGUUGGUAUCAUUCGUGAUUUAGUUUCACCGGACAGUUGGUUUCAUGUGGAGUCAAAGGCAAAUCCUGCGGAUAUUUUGUCGAGAGGUUGUUUGGUAUCUGAGUUGGUGAACAAUAACUUAUGGUUUUCAGGACCUGAUUUCUUGCGCGACACUAACAUCUCAGCUUCGAGUUUUAAUUUCAAUAAUUUCAAGGUUGAUGAUUCGACUUGUUUAAUUGUUGGUAACGACGAAUCAGAGGAGAGCACCGAAGAAGAAAUUGAUUUAAAUUUUAUGAACAUUGCACGAUAUUCUAAUUACACACGUUUAUUGCGAAUUACCGCAUUGGUUUUACGAUUUGUUGGAAACCUCAGAAAAAAGCGUCGUAAGGAAGAAUUGGUUUUACAUACAUUUGUUACAAAGGACGAGCAGUUGCAUGCAGAAAAACUGUGGAUUAAAUAUGCGCAAAAAGAUAUAAUUCAACUUCCGAGUUACAAGCAGUUACAAAAAGAUUUACGAUUUCAAAAUAUUGAUGGUAUUAUUCGUUGUAAGGGACGCUUAGAAAACGCUCCUUUAGACUUUGAUACUAAGUUUCCGAUAUUUUUACCGAAAAAAAAUCCUUUAACUAGGCUAGUCAUUUUGCAUUAUCAUGUUCAAGUUUUGCAUAAUGGUUUGAAAGAAACACUUAAUGCCAUCAGAUCGAAAUUUUGGAUUCCAAAAGCACGAAAUUACAUAAAGCAGUUAAUCCGACAGUGCUAUUUAUGUCGUUAUUAUGAAGGGAAAUCUUAUGCGUAUCCUGUUUCACCAGCAUUACCGAAAUCACGACUAUCCAAUCAUCAUCCGUUUAAACAUACUGGUCUCGACUAUGCCGGACCUUUAUAUGUUCGAAAUGUUUAUCAUGGUGGAAGUAUGUAUAAAGCUUGGGUGUUCUUAUUUACUUGUACCAGUACCAGAGCUUUACAUUUGGAUUUAGUUCCUGAUGCUUCGUCUUCAGGUUGUAUUCGUAGUCUUCGCCGAUUUUUCAGUGAACGAGAAGCCGCUCCUUGGUGGGGAGGGAUGUUCGAAAGACUUGUAAGAUCCGUUAAACGUUGUUUAAAGAAGACUUUACACAAUACCAGAUUAUCGUAUGAAGAACUACUGACUGUUCUAGCUGAAAUUCAAGCAGUUAUUAAUAACAGACCGCUGACAUUUUUGUAUGAAAACAUAGGUGAGCAACCAUUAACACCUAACCAUUUAUUAUUUGGGAGAAAAAUUAAUUUGGAAGCCUCACAUAUUGAUAGCGAUGAAAAUGAAAAAGAUUUGUGUCAACGUUAUGAUCAUUUGCAACGUAUCAUAAACCACUAUUGGAAUCGAUGGAAAUGCGAAUAUUUGACAGAGUUACGCGAAUAUCACAGAGUUGGCAAAUCACGUGGUGAAACUUCUAUUCGAAUCAACGAUGUUGUUUUAAUUGAGGAAGCAAAGCAACCGAGACAAAAUUGGAAAAUGGGAGUCGUUGAAGAGUUCGUACCAUCACGUGACGGCAAGAAACGGGGAGCUGUCGUUAGAUAUGUUCUCAAUGGAAACACACAUACAAUAAGAAGACCGAUAAACAAACUUUAUCCUGUUGAAUUAGCGAAAGACGAAGCUGAAAAGAAAGAAGAAGUAAAUAUCACAUUCAUUGACGAAAAUGAUAUCAUAACGAACAUUUAAAUAAGAAACAUAAAGACAUUAUGUUAUACAUUUGUUGACACUUUUAUAGUUUAUCACGUAUUUGUUAUAUAUAAGAUAUUUAGGCAGCUAGGGGGGAGGAUGUGGUUACCAUAUUUGUUUAUAUCUUCCCCAGUCCUCUAGCUGCUCUUAUUAUGUAUUUAUAUUCUCGCACAUGUUAGUUUAGAUUUCGUUCUUUAAAAAUAUAGUCACGUUUUAAAAUAAA